GAAGCGACCUCAGAUUUGUGGUAACUAUUAUAAGGGGUUGAAAAUCCUAGCUGUGUUAAAGGGUUAAAAUUCAGGAGCCCUUUUUUCCUAUAAAUAGAGAGGGACUUCUCUUGUAAUGGCAGAGCAGCAGUGUGCUUCUGUGAAGGGAACUGAAUUGCCACUGAAAAGACAAAGAGAAGAAGAAGAGAUGGAGGUAGCCAACAAGAACAGCAAUGGUUGCACCAAUGAGAAAGAGGAGUCAUCUCCUUAUAUCUCUUCCGUUUUACCUGGAUGGUUCUCUGAGAUUAGCCCUCUUUGGCCUGGGGAAGCACACUCAUUGAAGGUUGAGAAGGUAUUGUUCAAGGGGAAGUCUGAUUACCAGAAUGUCUUGGUUUUUCAGUCAUCAACUUAUGGAAAGGUGCUUGUUUUGGAUGGUGUGAUCCAACUUACUGAGAGGGAUGAAUGUGCUUACCAAGAAAUGAUCACUCAUCUUCCUCUUUGUUCAAUUCCCAACCCAAAAAAGGUGCUGGUUAUUGGAGGAGGAGAUGGUGGUGUCUUGCGUGAGGUAUCCCGCCAUGCUUCUGUCGAACAGAUCGAUAUAUGUGAGAUUGACAAGAUGGUAGUUGAGGUUGCUAAACAAUUUUUCCCAGAUGUAGCCGUAGGAUACGAGGAUCCACGUGUGAAUCUCCACAUUGGUGAUGGAGUUGCAUUUUUGAAAAAUGUUCCUGCAGGAACUUACGAUGCUGUCAUAGUGGAUUCAUCUGACCCUAUAGGUCCAGCACAAGAGUUGUUCGAAAAGCCUUUCUUUGAAAGUAUAGCAAAGGCUCUUCGUCCAGGAGGGGUUGUAUCUACGCAGGCUGAGAGCAUAUGGCUUCACAUGCACAUAAUUGAAGAAAUUGUUGCUAAUUGCCGCCAGAUCUUCAAAGGCUCAGUCAACUAUGCAUGGACCACUGUUCCUACUUAUCCAAGUGGCAUGAUUGGUUUCAUGCUCUGUUCUACCGAGGGACCUGCAGUUGAUUUCAAGAACCCUGUUAACCCCAUCGAUGACGAAAGCCAUGCCAAGACCCUUGGACCUUUGAAGUUCUACAACUCUGAGAUUCACCAAGCAUCAUUCUGUUUGCCUUCGUUCGCCAAGAGGGUGAUUGAAACCAAAGGAAAAUGAUGACGCAUAUCUUGAAAGAGUACUUAAUGAGCAGGAUUAUAUGGUUGUACAACGCCCUAUAGUUAAGCAGUUUUUAAGUUAAAGACAAUGUUUUUAGAGUUAUUCAAGCCAAAAGUAGUUUGGUAAUAUCCUCUGAUGGAUUAUAAUUUCCUUUGUUGAUUUUGUACUGGGAUAAAGUUGUC